CUUUUGACCUUUAAACUUUCAUUAAUAUCUUCAAAGCCAAAGCAGCACAAAACAAAAAUGUUUGCUGCACAAACGUAGUUGAGUUGGUUGACAGUAUUUUUAUAUGAUUUAAAGAAGCUGGGCGUGGCUGGUUGACCUUUUAUGACCUCUAGAAACAUUUCUCAGUAUCUUUAAAAUGAGAAUAAUAUUUUUGCCGCACAAACGUUUGACACCAAUUUUGUCUGAUUUGAAGAAGGUGUGUGUGUGGGGGGGUGCAACUUCAUUCAGGUGCCAUUUAAUCCCAAGUUCUAUAAUUCUUACUUAGAUUUUUUUUAUUGUCGUUGCACAAAGACGCAACACAGUGAAACUGCAGUUCCAUGAUUAUUCUGUCUUGUUGCCACUGAUAUGUUUUCAUAGCCAUGCCUGUUGCAAAAGUCCAACCGAUUAUAAGGUUGUGUUUGUUUAACAUAAUUCCUGGUUAAAGAGGUAAUACAUGUGAAGAACUAUGGGACACAGUGUCUUCAGUCAGAAGUUUUUUUCAGAUUUGCUGCGAUACAGACUGCUCCAAGACAUCUUUCCUGCCAGCAGCCAUCACAUUCUACAAUAACUCUUUGAGGUAAAUUUCAAUUAUGAGUUGCAACAUUUAAUUUUCCUUUGGGAUCAAUAAAGUAGUUUUGAAUUUGAAAGAUUCAAUGACAACAAUCCUAAUUUUUGCAUUUUAGAAAGUUCUGUUUUUGUCCUUGUGUGAAAUUAAAGCGAGGCUUGUUGAGCUGUGAGUUCGGAGGAAUUUUACUCUACACGUAGUCAUUUGUAUUAGCCAUUGACUAAAACAAAAAACCAACAUAUUCAUAAAAGAUAAAUGACACAGAUACCUCUGCUACAUAUUAACCAGUCAGGUUUGACAUUGUGCAAAAUGUUGACGUUCCUGCUAUUCAGUGAGAUAAUGAGCCGAACAAAGUUCAUGAUCUGAGCCAGUCAGCGCUGGUACAAUAUGAAUGAUUAACACUUUUAUUGCAUUAUGUCUGCAAAUAAAACACACCAUAUUUAAUAACAGUUUUACAUCAGUGUAAAUCUAUCCACUGUUGUGAAUAACUACUUUGUUUUAAGGUAUUAAUGAAAAAACACAAACAAACAAAAAAGCAGGUUACCUGAUGGCAAACAAAUCUAGCAUAAUCAACCUUUACCCAGUAAGCAAUGAGCAGAUUGACCAAAGAGGGAAGGAGCAGUGAGGGCAGUGCCUUUGUCUCUUCCUAUUAAUAUUCAGGACUCAUAAGUACAGGCUGGUGCUCAUUUCUUAGCAUUCAAACAAGUUGGACAGACGGGAUAAAAACAUGGCGGUUUUACUGGGAAGUUACAGUUUACAAUUUCUAGGAGCUAGCAUCAUCAUCGCAGCUCUGACCUACAUCACCUACCAGCUACUGAGCGGUUACCUCCAUAAAUGGUUCGGAAUGAAAUCCAUUCCAGGGACGGGUUUCACGUACCCCUUCAUUGGAGACGCACUGAUGUUCAAAACCAACGCAGGAGAUUUCUUCAGUCAGAUUGUUGGUUUUACUCAGGACUUCAAAGAUGCACCACUGUUUAAAAUCUGGGUUGGACCAAUUCCCUUUGUUGUCCUUUUUCAUGCUGAAAAUGUUGAGAAGAUUCUGGGUAAUCCUGUUCACCUCACCAAGGCUUUUGCUUACAAAUUUCUCCAUCCUUGGCUUGGAACCGGCCUUUUGACCAGCACUGGGCAAAAGUGGCGACAGAGAAGAAAGAUUCUGACUCCGACCUUCCACUUCUCCAUCCUCACCGACUUUCUGCAAGUGAUGAAUGAACAGGCGGAGAUCCUGGUGGAGAAGUUGGAGAAAAAGGCGGGGAAAGGUUCUUUCAACUGCUUCAGUGACGUCACCCUCUGUGCGCUGGACAUCAUCUGCGAAACUGCGAUGGGAAGGAAAAUUUAUGCACAGAGUGAUUCAGAGUCAGAGUAUGUCAAGUGUGUAUACAGGAUGAGUGACAUCGUCAGCCACAGACAGAGGACGCCCUGGUUUUGGCCCGACUUCAUCUACUACUUCUUCGGUGAGGGGAAGAACCACGACAAGACGCUGAAGAUCCUCCAUUCCUUCACCUAUAAGGUGAUAAAGGAAAGGUCUGAAAACUUGUCCUACAUUGAAUCAGACAGCGACUCUGACCACGGCAAGAAGAAGCGACAGGCUUUCCUGGAUAUGCUCCUGAAAACCACGGAUGAAGAUGGCAACAAGCUGAGCCAUCAGGACAUCCAAGAAGAAGUGGACACUUUCAUGUUUGAGGGUCAUGACACCACAGCUGCCUCCAUGAACUGGGCCCUCCACCUGCUGGGAACCCAUCCAGAGGUUCAACGGAAAGUUCAACAAGAGCUGCAUGAAGUGUUUGGUACGUCGGGCCGACCCAUCAACAUGGAGGACCUGAAGAAGCUCAGGUACCUGGAGUGUGUGAUCAAGGAGGCUCUGCGGCUGUUUCCCUCGGUGCCUUUCUUCGCUCGAAGCCUCUGUGACGACUGCAAUCUGAAUGGUUUCAAGGUUCCCAAAGGAGCGAAUGCGAUCAUCAUCACCUACACUCUUCAUCGUGAUCCGCGGUUCUUCCCAGAACCGGAGGAGUUCCGGCCAGAGCGGUUUUUUCCAGAGAAUUCAGCUGGAAGGCCUCCGUACGCAUACGUCCCGUUCUCCGCCGGACUCCGCAACUGCAUAGGCCAACGUUUUGCGCUGAUGGAGGAGAAGGUGGUCCUGGCGUCCAUUCUCCGUAACUUCAAUGUGGAGGCCUGUCAGAAACGUGACGAGCUUCGUCCGGUAGGGGAGCUCAUCCUGCGGCCAGAGAACGGCAUUUGGAUCAAACUGGAGAAGAGGGAACCGCUUACUUCAUAACUCAGAUUCUUGUCAUAAAUUCAUUCAUUUAUUCAUGAUGUUAAUUUUGUAACUUUUGUAAAUUGAAAGUUAUUGAAACUGAUUUGUAAUCUAAAUGAAUACAAAUUUUUUUUUUAACGUUUCUAGGGUAUUUUAUUCUUCUUCUAUCGCCUUUGUAGAAUGAAAAACUUAAAGGGGCGGUAUUAUGUAAAAUCUACUUUUUUGAGCUUUUAAAUCAUGUUACAAUGUUAUUCGCUCAUCAAAAACAUACCUGGAGUGUUGGCUUGCUUAAUCUCCCAUGGCAACCACUCACCAGUGCACAGCUCCUGGGUUUACCUAGCGCCGCCCUGGAGACGCAGCUCCCCCUCAGAACUGUAGUUUCUAAGCUACCGAGCUUCCAUGUCACAGAA